UGCCCAAUUGCACAGCAGGAAAUAGACCGCGGUACCCUGCGUAGGUGUGCGUGCGUGAGUCAGCCAGGUAGCGAGCCAGCCAGCCACGUGCCUUAACACCUUGUACAGGGGCGAGGACGCUGAACAUUACGUAUCAGAGUUUGCUGAGCACGGCUGGCGAGCGAGCGGUGGGGGCAUUCAACAAGGAGAGGCUCACUUCACAUCGAGUGUCGCAAGCAGGGACAGAGAAGAUGCCGCUUGAGACGUGCGAAAUAGUCUUGUCCGGUGGAGAUGAUUCGCCCCUGGAGGUGUCAAGUGGGACGGCGCUGAUCAUUAAUUCGGUGCAUUUCAUGAGAGGCUUGGAGCUGCAGGAUAGAGAAGGCUCCCAGAAAGAUGAACAGAUCAUGACCAGGAUUUUGGGCAAAAUCGGAUUCGAAGUCGAUCUGUUACUUGACAAAACUUCCGAUGAUAUUAUGAAGGCGCUCCAAGAAGUCGCGGAAAAUCGGAAAAAUGCAGAGGCCUUCGUGUGCGUCAUCAUGAGCCACGGCUGGCAUGGAUACUUCGUGUGCUACGAUGACACCAAGGUGUACUAUAAGGACAUCUACAGCCUGUUCAACAACAAAGCCUGGGAACACAAACUCAAGCUCUUCAUUAUACAGGCUUGCCGUGGUGAUAGCUCUGACUCCGGCGCUGAGCUGGAGGAAGGUGGGGACUGCGAGCCAACUCAGGAGGCUGGAAACACAGACGAUGCUAGCAGCAGCGUGGACGAGGCCUGCAUUCUAAAGGACGACCUGUUUGCCCCACCCGAGACACUCACACUUUACUCCACCCCGGAAGGUUACGUUUCAUACCGGCCGAACCUCAGCAGCUGUCAGUUCAUCGAGGCCGUGGCACUUGAGCUGACGCGAGCCUGGGAGAAGCGCGUCGAGCUUGUGCAGUCUCUCACACGCGUGUCCCACCGCAUUGCGCGAGGCUUCCAAUCGAAUUCGAGGGACAAACAGCACAAUGGCAAGAAGCAGAUGCCUUGCCUCGUCAGCCACCUCACGCGAGACGUGUACCUUGUGCAGCGGCAGGGCUACACCCAGUGACAACGCUCAAACAGAAUAAUAAACUCAUUUACUAUGUUGC